AUGAACCCACUCGUUAUCGUGGGGGUGCUGGGUAAAGGAUUUAAAGCAAUGGUGUUAGUCACAACCUACUGGCCAAUAAUCCAUCUCACACUUGUGUGUUUUGGAAUUGCAUCCGUAUAUAACUACCUAAGGGCACUGAUGGAGACACCUAUGUUUUACCUAUUUGCAAUGUGGUAUGAUUUGAACUUUGACAUCUACAUCCCAGAAGGAAUGGCUAAUUUCACAAACAACUACAUCUCAGAAGGAAUGGGUAAUUUCACAUACAACUACAUCCCAAAUGGAAUAGCUAAUUUUACAAACAACACGAUGUUCAGACCAGUCUCUGGGUUUUCUUCUCGGUUUGUCAAACGUUUUUUGACUCCUGAACUAAUACUCAUGUUGGUGUGCGUGUGCAUGUCAUCAAUUUUCCUGAAUGUAUUCCUAUGCAUUCGUAAUAAGGGGAAGGAGUCUCCUCCAAAACUAGAGAAUGAUGAUUGGCAGGGAAUAUGGAGAGGUUUAGGAAAGGUUUUAGAAGCAUGGGGACCCGCAGUGUCAUGGGAUUUUACUCUUGAACACCUGUGGGAUCCCGAGAAAUUAAGCCAGUAUUUGAGUCAGGGACUAUGCGGCUUACAUAAAUCUAAGGAGGUACAACUUAUUUGGGGUUUGGCUUGUGCUUACCGUGCCCUAUAUAAUACCAUUCGGGAGAGAGAGAGUUUCCGAGCUGAGGUUCAAGCCAAAGGGGAAAAUCCCCAAGUCAAAUCUAAUCAAUCAAAGGAGACACCAGUAACAAUACCGGUUGCUCCUGUGGAGGGCAAGAAAUGGAAACGAGUGUCUUCGCGUCUUGAACGAAAAAGAGAAGAGGAGGAGGAGGAGGAGGAAGAUCCAGGCGAGGGGCCCUCCUCAGAACCACCACCAUCGCGAAAGGCAAAAGCGAAAACUAAGAGACAUGCAGAAGAGAGUGAUGAAGAGGAAGUCUCUAUUACUACUCGCCGGCCUCUAAAGAUGACUGAAAUCCAAGGUUCAAGAAAGGAGUUUACACGGCACCUGAAUGAAAGUAUUGUUUCCUGGUUGGUUCGCUGUUGGGACAGUGGGGCCCAUAGCUUGUCUCUGGAUGGUAAUGAAGCUCGCCAGCUAGGCGCCAUUGCCAGAGACCCAGCUAUUGAUAGAGGAAUUAGUCGAUGUUCGGAUGAGGCUGCCUCCCUCUGGGAACGAGUGUUAAUAGCCGUGAAGGAAAAGUAUCCCUUCAAAAACGGUUUGAAGAUUGCGAUGAAAAAAUGGGAUACAGUGGAAAAGGGAAUCCAGUAUUUGAGGGAAAUAGGCGUGGUGGAAAUGUUGUAUGACCCUAACUUUGUUCCUAACCAACCACACCAAAACCGCGACCCUGAAAGAGUGAGGACGACGCCUGAGAUAUGGCAGAAACUCGUGACAACAGCGCCGGACAAAUAUGCCGCUACACUAACGUCAGCGUGUGACAGAUACCAGGAACAACAGAGAACGCCCUUAGUUUAUGAAUUAAUUCUUACGCUCCAAAACUAUCAGCAGUUGCUAUCCCCCAUUCAUGCUGCUGUAGCCGCUAUCUCAAAAGUGACGGACCAACUGAAUGAAACGCGGCAGCAAAUGUCUCAACUGAUUAACCGUGACAAACCUGUAACAGUAUCAGAGAUGCUUGAUGAAGAUCAGGAUAAUCAAAAGAGUCUAAUGAAGGAGAUGAAGGAGAUGAAGGAGAUGAUCCGAGCCCACCUUCCUUCCUUCUCACGUGCACCAUCAAAGAUCUCAGCUGUUAGAAGCAAACGCUCUCCGGCUCAAGUAAGAAAUAAUACACCGCGAGUUACCUUAUGGUAUUACCUACGUGACCAUGGAGAAGACAUGGGAAAGUGGCACGGUCAACCUACUCCUGUACUACGAGCCCGGGUGAAAGAAUUACAAAGCAGAUCAACCACCAGUGCAGUUGCUCCAGUUACCACAGGUAAUGAAUAGAGGGGCCCUGCCCUCAGUCAGGGGGGGGAAAGGGAUAAUAGAGUAUAUUGGACUGUGUGGAUUCGAUGGCUGCUGUUUUUAAUUAUUUUGGGGUCCCCUGUUUCCCUUUUCCCAAGGCGUGGAUUUUGUGAAAUUUGUCCAUUGAUGCAUUGAUCAUAAAAGGCCACUAGGUUGGUCAAGCAGGAUUUGAGUUAUUCUCAAUGCAUUCCAGGAGCCUCCUGGAUCACCUACAGCUUGCUGUGCUACUUUUCCAGCAGAUGUCCGGGUGGCUCAAGUCCCCCAGCAGGACGAGCACUUGUGAUUGCAACGCCUCCUGUAGUUGCAGGUAGGCCUCAUCGACAGGCUCCUCUUGAUCAGGUGGCCUUUAGUAGACACUGAUCACAAGACUCCCUUUGCUGCCUUGGUCUCUAACUUUCACCCACAGGCUUUCGACUAGCUCAUGACUACUCUUUAAGUACAGCUCUAAACAUUCUAUUCCCUUCCUGAUGUAGAUAGUAACACUUCCUCCUCUCCUUCCUUGCCUGUCCCUUCUGAACAGCUUGUAGCCAUCAAUAGCCACACUCCAGUCAUGGGAAUCAUCCCACCAGGUUUCAGUGAUGUCAACUAUAUUGUGGUUUUCUAGUAGUGCAGUAGCUUCCAGAUCCUCCUGUUUAUUUCCCAAGCUGCGUGCAUUGAUGCAUUUGACUGCAUGCAUUUUACCUGGGAAUCCAAAAUUAUUUGGCAGGUCCUGAACAAGGUAGCAUCAAGUCUGUGUUAGCUCUGUGGAGUAAUAUAAAAUUGCCUGAAACAUUUCCUCCUCAUGCUUUGUUUUGUUUUGUUUUGUUUUUUAUACCAAAUAGCUCCUAAUUAGACAAUUCUUUCUUCAAAAUAUUGAGGCACUUGGAAAAUAACUAACGAUCAUAUGAGAACAAGCCAAAAGUAUUACAGUACCUCAAAUUUCUAGACUAAACCAUACAUUUUGACAUGAAUUUUGGAAAGGAGGUGAAGCCCAAUGAGUAGCACUCUUUGGAGACAGUUGAUUUUCUUUCCCCUCCCCCAGCACAGGGUCACUUCCUCUGGUAUUUCUUCUUUAAAUAAAUUCAUCCCCAUAUUUAUUCUGUCUGUAUUAAUUUCAUGUUAGCCAGAGCAAGACCCAUAUCUGUAGAAGACAAACCUUGUGCUGGUGCCAGAACUCCAACAACAGAGCUCAGUCCAUUAAAACAAACAAAGCCUCAACACAGCACACCUAACUCUCACAUCAUCCCCCUCCCACCUUUGGGAUACUGGAGCUGUUUGGAAUAAUAUUUGGGACUUUCUUCUAACAUUCCAUGCAAAUAUUUACCUGUUGCUUCUACUGAUGACUACACUUCUAAACAUUCAACUUCAAAUACUGAACACAAUCAUUCACCAUUUUAUUAGCUGACCCAGGCCAAGUUCAUUACUGUCACUUAACCCUCUACCUUCCAAAGUCAAUCCUUACAGUCUCAGGUGUUUUACUGCUCUACAUUGCUAACAGCUUCCUGCUAUUGACAGGAUUCUAAGAUUGAUCUUGCCAUGACUGUGACAAUAGCCUUUUUGUCCAUAAAUGUCAUGGUUUUGUAAUUUUUGGCUUUUGGUAUUCCACAUCAUAACAUCAUGUGGGGCACUGGGACUUCAACUGUUAAUGCUCAAGUCCUGGGUACCUGCCCAGAAGAGAAGAAGAACUACAUUCCCCAGGGGACUUUGUGGUCAGGGAGAGGAGGUUUAACUCCUGGCAAGGUCACCUGAUGCUCUUUCUCUCCUGCCCUUCGUCAUGGGCGCUGCUCCCAUCUCCCUGCGGCUCAACUGCACUGCGCAUCUCACCUCAGCCUUGUGCUGAGGCCUAUCCACCUAUCGGACAUUCUCUCUCUCUCUCAUUAUAUUUGAUUUAUUAGCUUAAAUUCUGAUUAUAUUGUAUUAUAGUGUGUUAUCUUGCAUUCCGAUACUAUAUUUAGUAAAUUAGUUUGUUUCUCCUCAGAUCGGUGCCGCUGUUUUAAUUAUUUUGGGGUCCCCUGUUUCCUUUUUUUCUGGAGGCGUGGAUCUGCGGAUCCCUCCACUCCGCUCGUCACGGAACCGGGCCAAACCAGCCCUUAAACCGUUGACAUUCUUGGUGGAGAAUGCAGGCACGGGCUGUUUUUUAGCUUUUUAGAACGAAUCUCUCUCUGCUCUUGGAGAGCUGCGUUUGGAAAAUUUAUCUUUUUCACCGGUGCUCACUGAAAACUUGACCUUGAAAGUCUAGGCGGACUGUCAGUGUUCUGGGAUAUUUGUAAACUUUGAGCACUGCUA